AUAUUUAACAUGUUAAAUAUUUAUGAUUCGCGAUCGGAGCGGAUCCGACGUUCUUCCAAUCAGGGACACUCAUAACACACCUCACACCAAGGAAAAUUUUGAUAAAAUAAUCUGUAGAGAACCAUCAAGAUAAUCGGGACAUAACUAAUUGUUGGAAGGGCGGAAAUCGGCCGAAAAUCAACCCGAUUAUCAUUUGGUGUGUACCCAGCAUAAGUGUAGGCUACUUAUUGGUGUUAUUUUGAGACACCAUGAAUAUAAACAAAAAUGUGCUAAAAGUACUCCAGUACAGCAGGUGGCGGGAACGCGCCGCUUACUCUGCUGCGUGACGACUCAUGAGCACGAGCAAAUGCUGUAAGGACACAGUCAUGGCGUCGUGCAUACGCUUAUUGCGCGGACCUCUUAGAUUAAUGAUCACACACAAUGCAUUAAUAUCACAAAGUAAAUUAAUCCCGCAUAGUAAAAGUCAAUGGAGCGCGAGCUGGACCUGCAGACAUUUGUUUCAGUCGUCGUCAGUAUGGGAAGACACAUCAGAUCAAGCACGGUUGUUUAAAGCACCUCGACUUUUGAUGUUUUAAAGGGUUGCUCCUCUGAAGGUCCAGAUGCCUGCACUCUCACCCACCAUGGAGGAAGGAAAUAUUGUCAAAUGGCUCAAGAAAGAAGGUGAUGUUGUCGAGGCUGGGGACGCUCUUUGUGAAAUUGAGACCGAUAAGGCUGUGGUUGUUAUGGAGUCCAAUGAGGAUGGAAUCCUUGCCAAAAUACUUGUGCAGGAAGGCAGUCGAGGUGUGCGUUUGGGAACUCUCAUUGCUUUGAUGGUUGGUGAAGGUGAAGACUGGAAAGAAGUUGAGAUCCCGCGCCUUGACCCCAUAACACCAGCUACAGCUCCGCCUACUGCAGCUGACCCCACCUCUCCUGUGGCCCCGAUCCAUCCACCUGCAACAGUCAAGGCGUUACGUUUGAGUCCAGCUGCGAGACACAUUUUGGACACACAUGGUCUGGACGCUGAUCUGGUGACGCCUACAGGCCCACGAGGUCUUGUUACUAAAGAAGAUGUUCUGAAUCUGUUGAAUCAGCGGGGUAAAGGCCAAGCUGCUCCUCCUGCAAGAGCUGCUACUUCUCCUGCCCCAACCCCACCUCAACCGGCUGCCCCCACCACUGGUCGCCCCACUUACCCACCUGUUUCUGUCCCUGGUAAACCUGGAGCUCCGGGCACGUUCACAGAGAUACCAGCCUCAAAUGUUAGGAGAGUCAUCGCUCAGAGAUUAACGCAGUCGAAGACCACCAUACCUCACGCGUAUGCUUCAGUUGAAUGUGAUCUCAGUGCUGUCACGAAGCUCAGAAAAUAUCUGGCCAAAGAAAACAUCAAGGUGUCAGUCAAUGACUUCAUCAUUAAGGCUGCUGCUGCUACACUCAGAGAGAUGCCAGAGGUGAAUGUGAUUUGGUCCCCUGAGGGACCUCGAGCUCUUGACUCCAUUCACAUCUCUAUUGCCGUAGCAACACCGCGGGGUCUCAUCACACCCAUCAUUAAAGAUGCUGCUAACAAAGGCCUUCAGGAGAUCGCUUCCAGUGCAAAGGCUUUGGCCCAGAAAGCUCGGGAUGGGAAACUAUUACCAGAGGAGUAUCAGGGAGGAUCAUUCAGCAUCUCUAAUCUGGGAAUGUUUGGCAUCAGUGGAUUUAGUGCAGUUAUAAAUCCUCCUCAAGCGUGUAUUUUGGCUGUGGGCAGUACCAGGACUGAAGUCAGGUUGACAGAACAGAACCAGGAUAGUUUGACUCCUGUCCUCUGUACUCAAGAGCUACUGACUGCUACGUUAUCCAGUGAUGGACGUCUAGUAGAUGAUGAACUUGCUUCACGCUUUCUGCAGAAAUUUCGUUCAAACCUUGAGCAACCCCAACGUUUGAGCCUGGCAUAGAAAGUCAACAAUGUCAUCUAAAGCAACAUGAGCUUCAAGUGAAAAUAGGGUGAAAUAUGGUGAAAGUUACUGCUUAUUUAUUCAUUAAGAUGUAUAUAAAGUUGUAUGAAGCACCAGGAGUCUCUUUUAAGUCUAGGCUCCAUUAAUAAACUUUAGUUAUUAUAAUACCAUAACAGGAUUUUUUCAGGUAUAAUUAAGUCGCUUACGCAAAAAUAAAUUCAUUAUAUACAACUAUUGUCACAUUACAAAAAAAGUCAAAGCCAUCACAUCAUGUUUGGUCUGUUUGCUUUAUCUGAUAAUAAACUUGUCUUCUGCUGUA